ACAUUUGUACAGGAAAAAAAAAAAAGGAACCUGCAUUUCCGGUUGCCCGUAGCAUGGUAUGAAGUGCCAGCUUCCUGGUUCCGCAAACAGAACAGAGAAGACCGUCACUUUGGGUUCGAGAGAGCAACAACCACCACCUUGGGGGGUUAGGGUUUGAAUUAGGGUACAUGGGUAGGGUUUUUCUUCUCGAAUUGCAAGGCAGGGCUUACAGAUGCAGAUUCUGCGAUACCCCUCUUGCCCUCUCUGACGACGUUCUCUCUCGGUCCUUCACUUGCCUUCGAGGGAGGGCAUACCUAUUUAGCAAUGUGGUGAAUAUAACUCUCGGGCCUCAGGAAGAGAGAAUGAUGAUGUCUGGCUGGCACACUGUUGAAGACAUAUUUUGUUGCUGCUGUGGACAAAUGCUCGGAUGGAAAUAUGUGAGUUUUACCUUUGCACCUCAGCUUUCCUCUUCUUCCAUACGAACGGUUGUUGCGCAUGAUAAAAAUCAAAGAUUCAAGGAAGGGAAAAGUGUGCUUGAGAGAUGGAGGAUUGCUCAUGAUGCUGGGGACGAAUUGAAUCUAGAUGCUCGCGCUGGUUCAAGUGACUCAGAAAACUCUUAGCAAGUUGCUUCUGUUCAUGAGUUUGCACAUAUUGUUUGUAGCAAUUAUAUUACCAAUACUUGUCGAGACAAAACUUUAGAAAAAUACCCCCUUACUUGGUGCCAGUAAAGUACUCCAGCAAUUGUGUAGAUCUUUUGAUGGCACUGAAUAAUUUAGA